UUGAGGAGCGAGCGAGCAAUCAGCAUUAGCAAAGCAAGUUGGUCGGUGUGUGGUGAUAGAUUAUCAAAUUGUGAACCAAGAUAUUUAAAACGUGAAGUGAGAAAAUAUUCACGUGGUGUCUUAAAUAGUAAAAUUGUAUAUUUACAAUGUCAGGAGAAACUGCAGUCCCACCUCCCGUAUUAUGGGCCCAACGCAAAGAAGAUGUAUUUCUUACAAUCAGCGUGGAGUCGAAAGAUCCCAUUAUCAAAAUAGAAAAAGACUCCGUUUAUUUCAAAGGCGUCAAUGUACCAGACAAUAAAGUGCACGAGGUCACAAUUCCUUUGUAUGAUGCAGUGGUUCCAGAAAAUAGCGGCUUUGUAAAUAAAGGAAGGUGCAUAGAAAUGGUGCUUCGCAAAGAAAAAAAAGACGCUUCGUAUUGGCCGAACCUUACCAAGGAUAAAAAGAAACCACAUUACCUGAAAAUAGAUUUCAACAAAUGGAGAGAUGAAGACGAUGAUGAAGAAGGUAACGCCGGUAGCGCUUACGAUUUAGAAGAGAUGCUACGGUCGAUGGGCGGCGGCGGCGCUGGUGGGGACAAGCCCGAUAAGCCUUCCUUUGAGGAUUUGGAAAGUGAUUCAGAUGAUGAAAAUUUACCAGAUCUUGAAUGAAAUCUAUGUAGUGAUAAUGCUUAUAUUUAACUCUCGACAGUACAUUAUGUAUUAAGGUUUUUACAGUUAUAAUAAAACCGUCAUGAAAAGGCUAAAUGUUAUUUUAGUUACCGGCUUCAAGUUUUGGCCUGUUAUGUGUUUAUUCAUUAUUAGUGAAAUGUUUGUAACUUCAACCAAAACUUAGAAUAAUAAAAUUUUUGAUAUAUAAAUAACCUAUAAAGGCUAUUGAAUUUUCA